AUGCCACAAUUCAAACCCGAUUAUUAUUCUUCUGAUGCUUAUGGAAACAAGAAAGUUCUCUCCGCAUUAGGAAGUAUUCUCGCUGUCGUCAUAUAUUUCGGAUUUUUGCGCGAAUCAUCUGACUUGGAUGAAAUCUGGAAUGCCCCACCCCACAUUCUUACAUCGAAUUUAGAACGUAAAAUGUUAAGAGAGCAAAUCAAACAAGCUCAGGAGAAGGGCAUGGACACUGCACUUCUGAGAGCCCAGUUGGAAUACGUGGAUGUGAAAGAAGAAGCGCUACGAAUUCAGUUUGAGCAGAAGACGAAACAGCAAGAACGUAGAAAUCAGCAGGCUUAA